CCUCCCCGCUACUUGGGGAUAAUGGCUGCUAGGUGAGAGGAGCGGAUGGGCCGCAUCGUCGAGUGUGAGGCGCUGCCACCGAAAGGACCGUUAACUCGGGCGGUGCCGAGUUAAAAUGGUCGAUAUCCGACCCGAAAAGCAUCCCGAAAUCGUUGUACACACACCGAGCAUCGUGCUUCAAAUUGCACAGGGCCCCCCCCUGAACACCCCGACUUCGUGGCCACUUCUGCCGGCCGAUCAGAGGGUAAACUGAGGCCAUGGCAGUGAAGCACCGCGUUGAGGCGGUGCUCAAUGUGGGUCUGCGUGUACCCAGCAUCAUGCUGCUUGAUGUCCUCUACCGCUGGGACGUCAGCUCCUUCUUCCAGAAGAUCCAGCGUUCCAGCCUCUCCAACAAUCCCCUGUUCCAGUACAAAUACCUAGCACUCUACCUGCACUACCUAGGUUACAUCCUGAGCUUGGUGCUCCUGACUCUGCCCCGUCAGCACCUGGUCAAACUCUACCUGUACGUCCUUACAGCCCUGCUGCUGUUUGCUGGUCACCAAGUCUCAAGGGAUUAUGUCCGCAGUGAACUAGAGUCUGGCCAUGAAGGACCUGUCUACCUGGAACCUCUCUCCAUGAACAGAUUCACCACUGCGCUCAUAGGUCAGCUGGUGGUGUGUACGUUGUGUUCCUGUGUGAUGCAGACCAAGAGGAUUUGGCUUUUCUCUGCUCACCUUCUUCCUUUGGUGGCCCGGCUGUGUUUGGUCCCACUGGAGACCAUCGUCUUCAUCAAUAAGUUCUCCAUGAUAUUCACAGGCCUGGAGGUCAUUUACUUCCUGGCUUCUAACUUACUGGUACCAUAUAAACUGGCUAAGACGGCCUACAGGGAGCUGGCUCAGGUGGUGGAGGUGUAUGGGCUGCUAGCUUUGGGUAUGUCUCUGUGGAACCAGCUGGUCCUUCCAGUUCUCUUCAUGUGUUUCUGGCUGCUGCUGUUCGCUCUGCAGAUCUACUCCUACUUUAGCACCAGGGACCAGCCUACCUCAAGGGAGAGGCUCCUUUUCCUCUUUCUUACCAGCAUUGCAGAGUGUUGCAGUACGCCGUAUUCCCUGCUGGGCCUAGUUUUUACUGUCUCCUUCAUCGCUCUGGGGGUUCUCACACUCUGCAAAUUCUACCUACAAGGCUACAGAGCCUUUAUGAAUGACAACACCAUGCAUAGGGGCAUGACAGAAGGCAUCACCUUGCUGAUCCUCGCUGUCCAGACCGGCCUCAUCGAGCUACAGGUCAUCCACCGAGCGUUCCUCCUCUCCAUCAUCCUCUUCAUCGUUGUUGCGUCAAUCCUGCAGUCCAUGCUGGAGAUAGCAGACCCCAUAGUCCUGGCCCUGGGAGCAUCCAGAGACAAGAGUUUGUGGAAGCACUUCCGAGCGGUGUCUCUGUGUCUGUUCCUGCUGAUCUUCCCAGCCUACAUGGCCUACAUGAUCUGUCAGUUCUUCCACAUGGACUUCUGGCUCCUCAUCAUCAUUUCGUCAUCAAUCCUCACCUCGCUGCAGGUCCUUGGCACUCUGCUCAUCUACAUUCUCUUCAUGGUGGAGGAGUUUCGGAAGGCCCCCGUGGAGAACAUGGAUGAAGUUAUCUACUGUGUCAAUGGGACCUAUCGUUUGCUGGAAUUCCUAGUUGCGGUGUGCGUGGUGUGCUACGGCGUGUCGGAGACGGUUUUCGGGGAGUGGAGCGUGAUGGGAAGCACCAUCAUCCUGGUCCACUCGUAUUAUAACGUCUGGCUCAGAGCCCAGCUGGGCUGGCAGAGCUUCCUGCUCCGGAGAGACGCUGUAAACAAGAUCAAAAGCCUCCCCACAGCCAGCCACACACAGCUGGAACAGUACAACGACAUCUGUGCCAUCUGCUACCAGGACAUGAACACGGCCGUGAUCACCCCGUGCAGUCAUUUCUUCCACGCUGGCUGUCUAAAGAAAUGGCUUUAUGUCCAAGAGACGUGUCCUCUUUGCCACUCGCAACUCAAGAGCCAAUCACCAGCCACCAGUGUCCCCAACCAAGAUGCUCCCGCAGCCAAUCAGAGCCCAGCAGUGCAGGGAGAGGCCACAGUCAAGACAGAGCAGAGAGACAGUGCUCUUCCAGAUGAUGGUGGGAAGGUGGAGGGAGCAGGAGAGCAGGAGCGAGAGAAAGGACCUGGCAUGUCAGCAGGAGGAAGUUCUUCCACUUCCUCUGGUGUGUCCUCUGCUCCCCAGCACCUUGUCAAGACUCAAGCCUCUUCUUCUUCUUCUUCUUCUUCUUCUUCUUCUUCUUCUUCUUCUUCUUCUUCUUCUUCCCCCCCAAUCAUGACUAAUUAUCCGCAGGACAAGUCGCCCACAGAUCAUCCCUCUUCGUCUUCCUCUCCUUCCUCUCACACGUUGGACAUGCCGCCCUCUCCUCCAUCGCUCUCUGACACUUCCAUCCCUCACCACUUGUCGUCACAACGACAGGACCAGGCAGGGGUGACCCCUGCUGAACCUGAGCCUGCCCCAGCCCCCACACCCAACAGCCAGGAUUCCUGUCCCCGUCCUUCAUUGCAGCUUGACCCGCCCGGUCACCCUUCUGAGGAACAGUCUCCCCUUCCGAGCAGCCUCUGAACCCCAUUGUCUCUCUCUUUCUCUCUCACACACACACACACACACACACACAGACACACACAGACACACACACACACACAUACACACACACACGCACACGCACACACGCAUGCUCAUAUAGAACACUCAAUCUGUUUAUAUUCUACUUGUUGAGCAUUCUUCUCAUCGCUGUGCAUUUCAUUGUGUAUGGGUUUGUAAUGUGCCAUGAUCUCUGAAGGAAUGGGUCAGAGGUUUGCAGAGCCUUGGUAGACUUAUCGACAACUGACAGUCGCGUCAUAAAACGGUGAAAAAGGUCUUUACAUUUCAUGAAGUCUAAAGAUUUUAUCGGUUUUCACUGUUGGUUGUAGUGUAUUGAAAGAAUAUGAAUACAAAGAGACUGAAUGUUAUUUUUCGAGGCCAUCACAUGACCCGAAGCCUGUUGCGAAAGCAGAGCAGGUCCAGUCAAGUGUCGCAGUGUGAACAGCUCGACAGAUGCACACAUGGAUCAUCUCUCCGCUCUUUUCACGUGUCUCUGCUUACACUGCUCCGGUAUUUGAUUCAAACUUGUUCGGCUGGUCCCAGCAAAAAAAAGAAAACGCUCCUCGUCGCCAAACUUUUGUAUUAUUGUUAAAAAGAGUUAUUUUUACUGCUUUAUUCCGACAUCAUGCUGUGCAGAUGGACUGAAAACAAGGGAGGGGAAGACAGACGAGGGAGACAGAAAAUGUAGCCGAGGUCACAGUUUGUGUUUUGAAGCGUCGGCGUUUGUGAAAAUGUGUGGCUUUGUCCGCAGAGACUGCGAGGAGCCCAAACUCUGUUGUCAUUUGGGUUUACUCCAUGGUACUCAUCCGCGCUCAUCCUCCCCUUGAACCGCUCCAUCCCAUUUCACGGCAAAAGCCAAAUCACCUCUUACAUCCCAUCACCUCCAGACACCCGCCAUUCUCCUGCUACUCACUCUCCUCACCCAUGAAAUGUUACUACCAGCAAAUUGAGCUAUGAAAGCUUUUUUUUUUUUUUUACUUCACACAUGCAUACACACGCACGCAUGCUCAGUCAGCUUGGCAAAUGGGGCAGGAUGGAAAGAAGUGUGUGUGUGUGUGUGUGUGUGUGUGUGUUGAAAAGUUUGAAUUGAAAGACUAUAACUUGAGAAUGCCGAGUCCUGAUGCACGCUUAUAUGUAGAGCCUGCACGCUGCCAUGGUUACCAUAGCAUUCAUUAGUUUGUACCCAGUGUGCUCUAACCUUGCUACCGAUGUUUUUCUGCCAUUUCUUUCACUCUCUCCCUUUUUUUUGUUCUUCCCCUUUUUUGAGUCACAUUUGCACUAAUGUCAUUUAUACUAGCAACGCUCCAAAGCUGUUCUGUGGCUGUCGGCAAACCAAAUACCCUCUGAAGUGUUUGUGUACAAGGAAACAGCCCGGUCUGUUUGUGUGUAAUGUAUAUAAACGUUGCUCUGUAUGGCAUCUAUAUAAAACCAGAGGAGUGUGAAUAUGUAAACAAGCUGUAGUAGGGCUCGAGUUCUCCGAAGCUUCUGCAGCGGUUCAGCGUUUUCUUUGUUUCUCUACUUUAUCUGCGAACAAAGACAAACAUCUGGCCCCCAGAAGCUUUUGGGAAACCGAGCCGUCUGAUCUGAGACCAGCCAGUGUUGCUGCUCCUCCUGACUGUAUGACGCGUCCUCAGGCUGGUGUGAUCACUCCGGUGCCCUCUACUGUUAGGAGUGGGAUCAGCAUGACGUCGAUUGGUCAGGAGAGGCGCUAGUUAACCCUCAACAGUAUUAUAUACUACCACUUGUACUAAAGGUCUUAUUACUAUGAAUGACUUUAUCUUUUUACAUUUGAAAGCACAGCACUGGCUUCAGGGCUGAGAAUGAAUACAUGAUCAAUGUAGGAUCAAACCUGGCCAACGCUGUUGAACUUUUUCUGUUAAUGAUUAUUAUUCUUUUUUUUGUAUGAGAUGAAAUGUAGAGUUUGAUGUAUUUUGCACAUGUUCCUCUGAAAGGUGGACAUAAGGACUUUCUGUAUUCUCAAACUACUCAUUUUUAUUAUUGGCUCCAUUCCUCAGGCUUUGAUUAAAACACAAAGCACUUAAACUGGUUACAAGGAUUUGAGCACCUUCAUACACAUUCGGUUUUCAUCGCCGCGGAGCGUUUGAAUUUGCGGCCGCGCAGCGGAGACGUCACCUGCAGGAUCACACGUCAAACGCUCCACGGCGUGUCAUUGGCAGAGAAGCCCGUCAGCUCUCGAUUCCUCGUGUGUUUGCCGAGUUCUUACUCCAUGUUGGAGAAAUUUCAGUUGUUGCCGUUUCUCUCCAGGUUAUGAAAUGACAUAUUUUAAAAAAGAAAUACUGUUUGGGACAGUUCAACAUGAAAUGAUACAUGUAAUCCAAACUCAACCUAUUUAUUUAAAUAACUAGAGAAAGCUCAGUGUUUUUAUUUUGUGUCUUUAAAUGUGUCUUGAGGUUUCAGAUGUGGGAUUGGCUUCAUGCAAAAAAAAUGCAUCGGUGACAGUUUGGGCCAUUUGCCUGUGAGCUGAAGUGCCAAACGAAUGCAUGAAGCCUUCGCUGCUGCUCGUCACACGAGCGACAUCACCUUCACAUUCCUGCCCCGACGGGAGCUUUAAUGUGUGUGUCAAACGGUACAUUUCCCAUCAGUCUUUGCGCUGUGCACGGGUUAAAAUAAUAAUUAUUUCUUUUCUUUUAGCUCUUGAUUGACUCGCUGGUAGAAUGGCACAAAGAAGACGAGCCAGUGGUUCCUCGGUCUCCUAAUAUUUGGUUGGUGUGAGAACUACAGUCCCUGAAAUCAACCUCUCGUCUGAAAUCCUGAAGUUUCUGAGACUCGAUUCACGAAUGAGCUUUGCAAAAAUAAUAAUUAGGUUGACUUUGGAAGCUGCCAUGCGCUCUCUGACCACAUUCAUUCUCUGGAUGCUCCAGUAUUGUUGCCUCUGACUGACCGAUGUGUUGACAUUUACGUCCCAAACAAAAUCGUAUUUACGUGACUGUUAUUUUGUCCGAUAGGUUUUUCCACCCGCAGAUUUAGGACCUGCUCUGUAAAAAAAUAAACCUGACUCUGAAGGCCAGUCGUAUUCUGUGAAACCAGCCCCAUGGUUGGUUUUGCUUUUUAUGCCUGGCAUGGCCUUGGUUUAGUUUACAAAAACAUGAAUGUCAGAAAUAAAAGGAGACCAUCCACUCUGGA